CCUUUUUAAAAACAAUGUGUAGGGGAACAAACAUUCUGCUAAAAUGUUAUACAAUCCUCAUCUUUCUUCACAUUUCACAAACAUGCAAUGCUUGGAACUUGAAGAGCAAACACUGUAUCCCUUCUGCUUGUGGUCAUAUCCGUGACAUAAGCUACCCUUUUUGCUUAAACACUGAUCCAAAACAUUGCGGUUUCUCAGAAGCUGAAUUAGCUUGUGAAGACAACAAAACCAUUAUAUCACUCUUCUCCAAGAACUUGUAUGUGCAAGCCAUCAACUACGAUAACCAGACAAUUCGCCUGGUAGAUCCAACGUUACAAAACGCUGAUAUGUGCUCUCUAAUACUACCUCCUCAUCGUAAUUCUCACCAUUACAAUAGUACGUAUUUUCGUCUGUAUUAUAAUGAAUCAGAGAAUAGUAUUAAAAGAGCAGCAGAGCCUAUCUUCAUGUUCAACUGUCCCUUUUCUAUUAAUACAUUUCUAGAAAUUAGUGGCUGCAAAUUACGCACAUACACUUGCUUAAAGAUUGGAGAAAUGAAUGCAUCAGAAGUCAGUGAUGGAUGCAGAAUACAACUCAUCAGCAUGACCUCAUGGCCUAAUAUUAAAGAGGCAGAGAACAACAUUUCCCUUUCUGAUUUUCAUCGAGCUAUCACCUAUGGCUUCGAGCUUUAUUAUAUCGGGUUUAUAGAAAGUAUAUUUAACGAUUCACUGCUAUUUUCAUCAAUUUUUUCUCUCCAUAAUUAUCCCAUUUUAAAUUCGCGAAUGUUUGAACCUUAAUCUAAUCAGGGGAUAUUUGGAU